ACUCGGGCUGCGAGCAACGCUCUGAUCACCCUGCAUUCCUUCGCGUCUUCUUAUGCGAAUGAUUGCGGAAACUCUUGGCGUAGCAGAGAAGAAAGAAAAAGAAGUUGUCAUCAAAAUUUACGAGGUAAAGAAGAAUUGAAGAUGAGAAGGAGACCUGGAAUUGGAGGAUUACAAACAGCUGCAGCAGCAAGGGAUCAAUACCGAUUACUUGGAGAAAAUGUAGCGAAGCUAAGAACUGAUCUUAUGAAAGAGCAGCUUGCCACCUUUCGUUCCCAGCUUGAGGAAUUUGCUCGCAAGCACAAGAAUGACAUUCGAAAAAAUCCAGCCUUCAGGUCACAGUUCCAUGAAAUGUGUGCUAAAGUGGGGGUGGAUCCCUUAGCUUCAAAUAAGGGUUUUUGGGCUGAGCUAUUGGGGAUUGGUGACUUCUAUUAUGAACUGGGUGUUCAAAUUGUUGAUAUUUGCUUGGCUACAAGAUCCCAUAAUGGAGGUUUGAUCAGCCUGCAAGAACUUUGCAACUUGCUCCGCAAGAGAAGAAAAAGUGAUCGUGAAGCUGUGUCCGAAGAUGACUGUUUGCGAGCUAUAAGUAAGCUGAAGGUAUUGGGUAGUGGCUUUGAGGUGAUAUCUGUUGGAAAAAGGAAGCUUGUUCGCUCAGUUCCAACUGAAUUGAACAAAGACCAUAACGAAAUUUUAGAGUUGGCUCAGGUGCAAGGGUUUGUAACUGUUGAGGAGGUAGAGAGACGGUUUUCAUGGACAUCUGGUCGUGUCAGUGAUGCCCUUGAUACUUUACUAGAUGAAGGUCUUGCAAUGAUUGAUGAUGGUCAUAAAGAUGGCAAGCGCCGUUAUUGGUUCCCUUGUGUGUCUCCAAUGUCAUCUUUAUCAUUUGCUGAUACUUGAUGUGGAUGCGUGAUACAAGUGUGUAUACCUUCCAUUAUAAAAGUUGUAUUUCAUGUUCACUGACUUUUGUGGAUAUCCAAAGAUGGGUUAGAAUUCUUUCCCUCAGUCAAUUAUCUUUUGCUCUAA